GGGAGGACGCGCCGCGGGCUGCUCGCUCUUGCUUACCCAUCUGGCAUCGCGCGAGAACGCACUGAACGACAUUCGUGGAAUAAACUCAAGGAAUUCAUUUCAACACACAUUCAGGAAAAACCCCGCCCGACCCCGACCUAACGGCAUCUCCUUUGGGCCCCUGGGAAGCAAGCAGUCGAGAAGCGACUCCGUCGGAGGGGCGGUCUUGGAGCGCCUGGCACCCUCCCUCUGCCUCCCCGUCCCAUUCCCUCUCGCCUCACACAAACGACGGGAAAGUUCGUGGGCACCUUCGCUUCCGAUUCAAUCUAGAUGUCACCAUCCCGGCGCCAAACCUCCACAUCACGACACCUCGGCGGCGGCCAUUUUACCGAAAGCUGCCUAGACCUUUUGACUCUCGCGCCAACCCGUAGACUGAGGGCACCGCACGAGGAGUUCUGCGCAAGAACGGAAGCUGGAGCUCCGUGGUUCCGGGCGGCCGCCUCGCCCGGCCCCCUCGCGAGAGCUCCUCAUUGGCUGCCGGCUCGCGAUCUCGCGAGAGGUGGGGGGGGGGGAGGCCGUCGGUGUGGUUUCCCUCCUGUUCCCGCCCCCGCCUCCGCCGUGGCCUCCGCCUCCCUCUCCUCGGGCGCUGCCGCUGCCGCCGCCGCCGCCACCGCUGCCGCUGCCGCCGCCGCCGCCGCCCCCUCUCCGGCUCGGUUCUCCCGCCCCCUGGAGCGGCCGCGGAGCCGCCGCGGAGACCGCGUAGCGCGGGAGGCGGGAUCCGCACGAAAUAAGUCAGAAUGAGUUACACAGAAAAACCCGAUGAAAUCACAAAAGAUGAAUGGAUGGAAAAACUCAAUAACUUACACAUUCAGCGAGCGGACAUGAAUCGUCUCAUCAUGAACUAUCUUGUUACAGAGGGCUUUAAAGAAGCAGCCGAGAAGUUUCGAAUGGAAUCUGGAAUUGAACCUAGUGUGGAUCUAGAAACACUUGAUGAACGAAUCAAAAUCCGAGAGAUGAUAUUGAAAGGUCAGAUUCAGGAGGCUAUUGCAUUGAUCAAUAGCCUCCAUCCAGAGCUCUUAGACACAAACCGGUAUCUUUACUUUCAUUUACAGCAGCAGCACUUGAUUGAGCUGAUCCGGCAGCGCGAGACCGAGGCGGCCCUGGAGUUCGCGCAGACGCAGCUGGCGGAGCAGGGUGAGGAGAGCAGGGAGUGCCUGACGGAGAUGGAGCGCACGCUGGCCCUGCUGGCCUUCGACAACCCUGAGGAGUCCCCCUUCGGGGACCUCCUCAACAUGAUGCAGAGGCAGAAGGUGUGGAGUGAAGUUAACCAAGCUGUCUUAGAUUAUGAAAAUCGUGAGUCAACACCCAAGCUGGCAAAAUUACUGAAAUUACUACUUUGGGCUCAGAAUGAGCUGGACCAGAAGAAAGUAAAAUAUCCCAAGAUGACAGACCUCAGCAAGGGUGUCAUCGAGGAGCCCAAGUAGAGGCUGUGCAGGUGGCCUGGGUACUGUCCCGGGCUCUGCCACGCCCGCCGGAGACAUUUAACUGCAGCAGAGAACCCUCUUUCCCUGUUCCUUUUUUUUUUUUUUUUUUUUUUGAACCAGUAUCUUUUUAUUUUUUUUAAGGGGAAAAAUGGCCCUUUUAAAAGUGCUGGGAAACUUGCAACAGAAGACACUGUCUCUGGAGGUUUGACCUAGGCACUGCGCCGUGGACCAUUUUUAAGCACUGGACACAUUGCAUUUGCAUAUUCAGUGCUCUUGGGAUUUUGGGCGGCCGAGGGAUUUGGUUUGCCGCUGAGUGCUGUGUAUUAGGGGAUAUCGGUGAAGCUUAACGUCUCCUGCUCACAAUCUUGGAAAGCACUGGCCAUGUAUUUGCUUUCUGUUAGUAAUAGGCAGACAGUACAUUUCCUCCGUUUUUCUAGGUCGUGUCAGGCUUGCAUCUAGUUCUUCCUUACUCCCUUUUCUUGUUUAUUUUUUUUUUUUUUUUCCGUAGUAGAGAAUAUAUAAAUUUGUAAAUCCUACUUCAAAGACUUCUUUGGUGUGAGGCUAUUGAGUUUGACGUUUGUUUGCCCUUUGAUUCUGGGUGGUCUGGCUUUUGGGUGUGUGUAUGUGUGGGUGGGUAUGUGUGUAGGGGUAUGUGAGCAAUGGGUAGUGGGGCUUUUUGUUUUUCCACAUGUAUAUUUGGUGGUGUGCGUGGUGAGAGGCUCAUUCACAGUGGGUUACUCAACCAUCUUUUCCAGGCAGUUUUGUUGAAAAUAAAGGUUUUUCUUUGAUUUCAAGAAUGACCAGAAUGGCCUCUAAAAAAUUAAUCAUCUAAAACAAACCUUUUGUUUUUAGGGGAUUUCUUGUGCCCCUCUGGUAUUAUACCGGAGGCCACGUUACCUGGCCCAUAUCUUGGGAGUUAGCCUGGUGACGGGCCGCUCAGCACCCUGUGCUUUGGCUGAGGUGCUUGGGAGCAUCUUCGGUGGAGCAGAAAGGAUCGCAUGUUCAGCCACGGUUGACCUGCGUUUGAGCAUCUCAGAGUUGACUUGUUAUCUCUUAUUACAUGGUCUACACUCUGUAGACGUCCAAUUCUGUUCACUCAUCGGUGUGUCUCCUGUUGACCGAGGGGAGUGCACAAAUGGCUAGCACAUGGCGCUGCACGCAAACAGGUCAGAGCCGUUAGGCCCUCAUGGGCACAUGGAACUUGGGUUCAGACACAAGUUGGAGUCAUUGCAGGGUGCAGCGGGUAUGCCUGACCUUGGUGGCCCUUGCCCAGCAUCAACUCUGAAUCACCAUAGAGCUGCCAGGCCUCCACGGUGCACAGGCUUCUCUUGCCACCAGUGUGGUGGGCACCAGCCCUGUGUGAGCUUGGGAUCCCGAGGUGCUGUGACUCAGUUCCCCCAGCUGAUUCCUUAGGCUGGAACAAAGUGUUCUGGCAUCUAAGACUUGACAGAGAGAAAUGUAUUCAGCAGCUGCAUCUUGGGGAACCUGUUUGCCUUAUUCUUUGGCAGGAGGUCCCUUGACUACCAAGGCUGGACUAGGCCACGGGGUUGCCAGCUUGCCAGCAUUUAAGCGCAUUGCGUUGACUGCCUCUGACUGGCCUGGUCGUCUUAGUGAAGCCCUUGCCCACUUGAGCCAUGUUCAUUAUGUGUCCGUGGCACCAGCCAUUCUCUCUGCUGACUGCGGUGUUUUACUCUUUGACUUACAGUCCAGUGGCAUGUUUUCAAGUUGUCUACUGUUUUCAGUGGGUAGGGGUUGGGACAGUAUUUACUUUAUAUAUAUAUAUAUAUAUAUAUAUAUAUGAUUUAUGUCAUUUAGUGACAAGUGCAGAGACCCUGGCAGUCAUUAUAAAAUAAUUUUAGCCUCCAGACUGAUCUUUUGUGCCACCCUUUUGAUUCUGUGAGGAUGAGGUAAGGGGGGGAGGCCUUUCUCUUUUACCAUCUAGAACCAGUCAUUUCAACUCUAGCUGUCUUAAGAGUCAUUGACAAAAGGAACCCUUCUUUGGAAUUAUUUCCUGUGAGGUUUGGGGAAAGAAGUAAGUUAGAGGGAAAGGGGGUUUUAAUCUUCAGGUGAUUCAGAGGUUAACUGUAACAAGCUGGAAGAAAAAUAGUAGUAGAGAGGUAGGGAUAAAAGUGCACGUUUUGAAAAGCACCAGCUAGUUCUGCAUAUUCCUCCUAAUUUUUUAAUUAUUGAUGUGUAUAAGAUCGCUCACGUGCGUAGUUAACGUAUCAUCAAUUUGACAUAUUAUUAAAACCAGAGUGUGUGAGACGUGUAGUAACGGAAAGUCUUGUGCACAGGGUCACCCAUGAACUUCCGGGACGUGAUGGGGUUUGUCACGUGCUUGAAGUGUUAAGUGGUAUUUUAUUCAUCAGUCCAAGCCAAUGCUGAAAACCAGUGUGAGCUAGAUGGUGGAGAAACUAAAAAUUCAAAUGUUAUUUUUGUUUUCUUUGCUUAAGAGAAUAUAAUUACUUUUCUCAUGAUCUGUUUGUAGACUGGAAGUUGCCUUUCAAUGUCAUGACUUUGUUUACUUGUCCUAUUUGCCACCAUUUUAGUCUCUUUUUUUUUUCCAGCAAGAAGCUAAAUUAAGUCAUUCUGAGAUAAAGUUACAGUAUAAUUAGAUUUUUCUGCUCUUGUCUCAUUUGGAUCUCACUGUUGUGUUUAUUAAAAUCAAGUAAUGUUUUACAGAAGUAGUUUAUUUCUCCUUUUUCCGCUUUCUUGUUGAAAGUGCCUUGAAAUAAAUAAAAUUUGAGAAUAUUCUGUACUUUAUGUUCCUGAUAUCAUGAAGUCGUGUGAGAAGUAAACUCCCGGUUUGGAAUUGUUACGAAGUGCAGAGAUUAUUGCAAAGCAAAUGAGAAUGAAUAGGUUUUAUCUUUUGAAUUAAAGUUUCCAGGUUUUAGAAAAGGCAAAAAUUAUUGGGAGUGGUAUUUGAGACAAAAAAUCGGCCAUAGCAUGGGGCUGAAGAAUGACAUCCCUAAGCACGAAUACAAAAAAACUGCCAGCUGGGGCCCGUCGCGGCCUCUGAGGGGUAAGUUGUCUUGUCGCCCAGUCGUCUUCUCAAUUCUGAUAGAAGAUGUGAUCGGAAAGCUUGUGUUAUAUAUUUUGAGGCCAGUUUUUCCAGGGCACCAUGUCUUCCUUUUCUUCUGUCUGUUCACUGUUGGUUCGGGAGAGUGCUGGCACCAGGGAUUUGUUAGCGACAAUGGAGUCUUCAUGCAAAUGGAUCGGGAUCCCCUUCUGGUUGUUACUGUGACAUCUCAGUGUGGACGGAGGACUAGAUGCAAGGUGUCUGCAGCCUGAGCCCUCAGUGUCCUCGACGCCAACCGAGGACAGUCGGCUGCGCACUGUAGGACAGCGUGUGGCAAGGCCGUGGCUUCCAUCAAACUUCAGUGCUGCUGCUUGGCGGACGCCAUGCGUGUUAUUUUUGACAAUGGUUGUGUUUGUUUCAGAAAUUUGUAUUCCUUUUUCGGGUUUAUAGUAAAUUAUAUUGUCACCAUGAGUCAUUUUAAUCCUGUGUAAACAUACAACCUGCUGUAGCACUUUUGUACACAUUACUUCUGUAAUUCUGCUCUGUUCCGGGCGGAGUACAUUGCCCCCACUCCCAUAUCUUUUGAAAAAUACAGAAUAGGUUGCUUUGCUGCCUGUCAUUAAUUUGAUAGUAAAAGUUUUCAUAUUUUUCUCA